AUGUCUCUUGGCAUGGAGGAACGUUACAAGCUUCUCUGGCUGGAGAUAAAGAAUUGUCUCCCUGAAUAUCGUCUGGAUUUCUCCCAAUUCGAACUCCAGGUGGGGACUCCAGGCUAUCCAGUCUCUGGCAAAGUAAUACGGGCAGUGCGGAAAUUGACGAAUGAAGACGUUCACAUCCGCUGCAUACCGUUACCUCAAUGCGACAUGGAGCUGGCGGGCAUUACACUUCUGACGCAGGAGUAUGAUCGUGACUGCCUCAUCGUACGUCCGAUUGAACUAAAGAAGUUUACGUGUAUAUUCGAAAAUCAACCGGCUGCCGGUGUCUGUUAUAUAAUGCCCACGAUAAAGCCACAUUGGCGCAACGAUCUUACUGUAGAAGAAGAGUAUCCUCUCUAUCCUCUCACAGCGGGGAUGCUCGUUCAGACGGUGUCGCGGGUGCUACAGAUCGGCCGGCAGCUUGAAGCUGCCCAAGUCGUCCACAAUGAUAUUAGGCGUGACAACUUCGUGGGUGAGGGAGACGGCCUGGUUCUGAUUGAUCUAGAACUUGGACGACACGGCCCGGAUGAAGAUCACCGUCCUGAUGACCACCCUAGCCAUUCUUAUGCUCCUCUCCAGCCCUUCAUGCAGCAGCACUUCCCCAUGCUUCCAGCGCUCAUCCGUCAAUUACAGACGAACGAGAUUACUGCUCAAUGCACCUGGAACUCGUGGCACGAAAGAAAGGAUCUCGUCGCAGACUCGAUCGAGCUAUCGUAUCCCCCACCUGCCCGAAUAUACGUCAAAUGCUACAGCGACGAUCAUGUUGCAGAAACCCUCUGA